AUGGCUCUAAACCAUCUCUUCUUUCCAGCCCCAUUGUUUCUCUUAUCACUGCUGGUUAUUGCAUUUGCUAGUGGUGAUGAGUACAGCCCAAACCAGGACCUUGAGACACCAAAUAUAGAAAAAGAAGACCUUCUCUCCACAAUUAUAGGCAUCCAAGGGCUUGUUUAUUGCAAAUCCGGGCCUAAACUCAUCCCUCUUGAAGGUGCCGUGGCAAGGAUAACAUGUCUGGCAGUCGAUAAGCAUGGGUUCGAGGCAGCUCCUUUCUCCUUCUUGAGUGAAGCAUGUGAUCCAAAAGGAUACUUCUUCGCAACUUUGUCUCCUUCAGAGGUCGAAGACAAUAGGAAGCUUAAGGAGUGCAGGGCUUUCCUUGAGCUCUCUCCAUCAGAGACUUGUAAUGUUCCAACAGAUGUAAACAAAGGGAUUAGUGGUGCUCUCCUUGGUUCUUAUCGCCUCCUCAGUGACAAGAAGAUGAAAUUGUACACUGUGGGGCCUUUCUUUUUCACUCCGGAGCCAAAAUCAAUAUCUAAUGGUUACUAA